UUUCAGUGUCGAAAUGGGUGGGGACUACAUCUUAUUGGAGCAGCAUCAACAGCUCGGCGAUACCACACUCUUUCCGGGUGGCAGCUGUGGCAGCAGUGGAGCAGGAGGACAGGUAUCCCGAGCCACUCGGCGCCGCCUGUCGUCCUUCCAGCAGCUGUUGCUGAUCCUGGUGGCCGGCAGCUGCACGAUCGCACUCUAUGCCUACUGGGACGUGAUGCUGCUGACAUCCGGCAAUGUGCCCGAAACUCAGCUGAGCAACGAGACACUCGCCGAGAAGCUGCAGCGAGAGGUGCGAGUCCUCUGCUGGGUGCUGACCACGCCCAAGUACCACAAAUCGAGGGCGGUGCACGUGAUGCGGACGUGGGGCAAGCGCUGCAACAAGAUCUACUUCAUGACCUCAGAACCGGACGACGAGCUGCCCACCAUUGUGCUCACGAAGCCCGACAAGUACGAGGUGCUCUGGGGCAAGACAAAGGAGGCCUUCAGCUACCUCUACGAGCACAUGCUAGACGAGGCCGAUUGGUUCAUGAAGGCCGACGAUGACACCUACGUGUUCGUGGAGAAUCUGCGCUACAUGCUCUAUCCGUACUCCCCCGAUCAGGCCAUUUAUUUUGGCUACAACUUCAAGAUGGUCGGCACGCACCAGAAGAACGAGUCCUACAUGUCAGGCGGCAGUGGCUAUGUGCUGAGCCGGGAGGCUUUGCGUGUCUUCGUCGAGGGAUUGAACGACACGACAAAGUGCCGGCAGGAGGACGAUCAUGCCGAGGACAUGGAGAUGGGACGCUGCCUGUUCAACUUGGAUGUGAAAGCGGGCGACUCACGAGACUCCAAGUUGCGACACCGAUUCUAUCCGCUGUUGCCCUUCAACAUUCUCCUUUCCGGCUACUUCGGGCUGGACUUUUGGCUGUACAAGUACGCCUUCUACUCGAUGCGAUCGUGCAUGGACUGCCUCUCCGAAUAUCCAGUGGCGUUUCACUAUGUGAGUCCCGCGCAGCUCUACGUCUUUGACUUCUUCAAUUACGACUUCCAGCUGAUGGGCAAGCAGAAGCCCGUUGAGCGACUGCCAGAGAAAAUCAAGCCAGAAGACCUUGUCAUACCCGAGUACGACAAUCAUUUUGACUAAUACCGAACGAGUAGCGCCGAACGGCG